AUGUCUUCUCAUAAGUCUGGAUGUUUGAUUAAUCAAACACAUGAUUGGUUGAUUGGUGAAACAAAUGUUGAUGUGUUGAAGUCCAGUCACAUGAUAUAUGUAUCAAACAAUUUUCUCAACAUUCCUAUUGUUGAUAAGUCUGAUAUUUUUUCUAGUAGAAGUAUGAGAAUUUUUCCACUCAAGUUAGUGUCUAUGAGAAAUAUUCACGUCACUCAUAUGACUUCUGAUGAAGACUCCCAAGAAACAAACUUGAGAAAUCUUGAUGGUGAUAAGGAUGUGGCAUGCAUCUUGUACGACAUGUUGAGAGAGCCUCAAGUGUAUAAGAAGAAUGAAGAUCAUGUACAUGAAGAUGCUGAGGUUGAUAGUGUUGUACCUGAUGGUGUUUAA